UUACAGGCUUAGAAUCAUUUGAUAAAGUAUUAAGUUUCUUCUCACUAGUACGAAAAGAAUUUACUGCUAGUCUUUCAUCAUUUGAACUAAUGGACUCAGUAGCAAUAAAGAGUGUGGAAAAAAAUAUUGGCAUCAAGUGUCCAAUAAAUGACAAUCUGGAAUUUUACGUUCUUGUAGAAUUAUCUAGUGAUAACAAUUAUAUCAGUCAUUCUAUUCAAGAAUUUUUAGAAAAAGCUUUAGAUGAAGAAAUAAUUUUAGAUGCUACUGUAGCAGACCAACCAUCACUAAUUCAAAAUUUAUGGAAGAUAAGAGAAAAUAUUCCUGAAAGUUUAUUAAGAUAUGGAUAUGUCUAUAAAUAUGAUAUAACUUUACCUCAUGAAUUAUUUUAUGAGAUUGUAUCUGAUAUAAGGAAACGAUUAGAAAAACUAGAUGUUAAAGCUGUUUGUGGCUAUGGACAUUUAGGUGAUGGAAAUUUACAUUUAAAUGUGGCUACUUUUGAACAUAAUGUUGAAAUAGCCUCGGCCAUUGAACCUUAUGUUUAUGAAUGGACUAGUAAAUACAAAGGAAGUGUAAGUGCUGAACAUGGAAUAGGGUUUUUAAAGAGUAAAUAUUUAAAGUAUUCAAAAACCAAUUUAGAAAUUGAUUUAAUGAAAAAAUUAAAAAAUACUAUUGACCCAAAGACUAUAUUAAAUCCAUACAAGAUUUUUCCGCAGGAUGAUAAUUGAGUUUCAUGACAAUUUUUUUAUUGAUAUUAGURGAUUAUUUUAUAUUUUUUUGUCAACCAUUUAAUUUAUUGAGAUAUCAAAUAUGUUUUUUUUUAAACAAAUUGUUCAUAAUUUUUUGUUAUAUGAACUAGUAUAAGUAUAUUGAGGUUCAAAAGUUGAUAGACACAAAAGCAAGUUAAUAAACAAAUAUUUAUUAUAAUUGUUAUAGACA